AUGUCCGACACUUCGACUUGGCUGCUGUUGGCAGGUGUGGCGAUGAUUUUCGUCACGGCCAAACUCGUCAUGCAUGUGAAGCCGCCAGCACAGCGCGAUCCUGGUGUUGAGCGAAGGCGCGGGCGCGUUCGUAACGAAAUGGUUGAGAUCGUCGAGGUCAUGCUUCCCCAGGUCCCUCGGGACGUUAUUCUCCAUGACUUGGCGCAGACCCGCAAUGUAGAGCGUACGAUUGAUCGUCUACUGGUUCGUGUCAACCGCAAUGAGUUUGCCGAGCGUCCGCCCUUCCAGGCCAAGCCGGCCGCCAGCAAGGCCAAGGCAGAGACCCUCCUGGAUCGAUACAAUGUGAGUUUAGACGAGCAGGAACAGGCAUUUGCAUCUGGCUGGAAGGAUUCCCGCCAAGAAAGAGAGACUCAGCUGCGGGCUCAGCGCCAAAGCAUGAUUCUCAAGGCCCGCCAGGCGGCGUUGAAGAAAUCAGAGUAG